AUGGGCCGCCGCGGGGGCCCGGACUCCCCGCGCCGCCGCCGCCGCCUCUCGCCCCCUCGGCCCCCGCGCGCCGCUCGCGCCCUCCGCGCGCCCCGGACCAGCAGCCGCGGCGCGGCCCGCACAGCCGGAACCGCCGCCCGCCCCGGAACUACUCCCCUCGCCCGCCCCUCACCCGGAAGCGAAGCCGAAGCGCUGGCGAAGCCGGCACUCCGGGACAGUAGAGGUACAGAAGAGCAGAACAAACUGGGACCCAUCCAGGUUGACCACAGUAACCAGUGCACAGUGCCUGACACCUACUACGUGCUUGCUUGUGUCCUGCGGUGUUUCCUGAGGCCUUGUGAUCGCGCUGCCGCACAGCUUCUGGACAACGUCGCAACAGCGCCCCCUGGCGUCUUGCCCGAGGGGGAGGCGCAAGAAAUCUCAGUGUCGGUGGUUUCCUUGUCGCCCGCUGUCUGCCUGCAGUGUGCACACGCUUCUAGGGUUCGAAACUGUUGGGAGUUGGACCGACUCCAGCCUCGGCUCCGGCUCCGGGGAGAGAGGUUUAGGAACUGCCCCAGGGGUCUAGUUCAGCACCCCAGUGCACUACUGCCGUGCAGCCUUCUAGGUGAAGGACUGAAACAAGUUCUCCUCUUUCUAUUAGAAGGACAAGUCAGCCUCAAGGUCAAGGCGUCUGUACACACCUUGAGCAAAACGCAGAAGACCAAACUCACCGUGGGCAGCCUGGGAUUAGGCCUGAUCAUCAUCCAGCAUGGUCCCUACCUCCAAAUCAUCCACCUCAUCAAGAAGGGAGCUGCAGCCCAGGACGGGAAACUCCAGCCAGGUGAUGUUCUGAUUAGUGUUGGCCAUGCCAAUGUGUUAGGAUACACUCUUCGAGAAUUUUUAAAGCUUUUGCAACAUAUCACCAUAGGAUCAGUGCUACAAAUCAAGGUUUACCGAGAUUUUAUUGAUAUACCCCAAGAAUGGCAAGAAAUACAUGACUUAAUCCCUGAGACCAAAUUCCCAGUAACACGCACAUCAAAGAAAACUGAGCAGGCAAAAUACGACGCUUUCACAAGUAGCGACGACAACGAAGAUGUAGUUUUAGACAAGAGACUUAAGUAUCACAGAUAUCCACAGUCCACAGGGCAUUACCCUGCAAGGAGACCAAUGUCGAUCUCCAGAGAAUGGCACGGAUAUAAAAAGAAGAACCAUACUAUCAGUGUAGGAAAAGACAUUAGCGCUGACGUGAUGAUUCACAGAGAUCACAAGAAGGACGUGAGAGCCCCUUCUCCAUACUGGACGAUGGUGAAGCGAGACAAUGAAAGAUCUUCCUCUUCCUCAGCCUCCUCGACCUCAGAUGCAUUUUGGCUGGAAGACUGUGCCCGAGUUGAAGAGGGCAGGGGCCAACCUGGUUAGGAAAUGGUUGGCAAAUCUAUAACUAUAGGAGCAUUCCUCUUUGAAGCACCCAGUUUCUGUGCAUCACUGUGUACAGGUUGCUGUAAUCACAGGAAUACGUGCAGAUUUAUCAAUUCUCUUCUAUGACUACACUGUAAAGCCUUUAAAGACAUCCUUGAACUCAAAACAGCAAUAUCAUCCACACCAUUAAGACCCUCUGUUCUGGGAAGAAUGUCUCAUCUUUUAGAAAAUGUAGCAGAGGAACCCCAGUAUCAGAAGGUUUGAACAUAGUAGAGAGCCUCACUUUCUAAAGAAGGCUAAGAAACCUUACAAGAAAACGUAUCAACUCCAUCAAAAUGCCAGAAAGUGAACAUAUCUUGACAUUAAUAACUGAACUUCCAUUUUUUACAUGUUGCUAUACUUUAUAAAAACUCUGCUAU